AUAUCGUUGUUGCUGCUUUGACACGUGGGUAGCAAAUAAUGGCUUGAGCGCUUGAGAGACACACCUUCGUCAUGGCGGACAGCGUUGCCCCACGGUACAUUUGCUUCCUCUGCAAGCGGAAGUUCGCGAGCGCGGCCUUGCUCACGAAGCACAAGCAGCUGUCGGAACUACACCGUCGAAACCUCACCAAGCAGGAAGAGGAGAGCCAGCAGCGAAAGGAGGAGCUUCGGCAGGCCAUUGCGGCGGUGAAGCGCCAGCUCCAGGACGUGGAGGCCACAUUGAACAAGCUGGAUGUUCCGGACGAGUCCCUGGAGACCCAGCGCUUCAACCUGGAGAUGAAAUGCCGCCAGGCCAUGUCAGAGUAUGGCCAAGUCCAGGAAAAGCUGGAGACGAAUCGUCAUCAACAGCUCUGCGAGCGUUUGCAAGGCACCGACGGAGGCAACCCCCCCUGGUCGCUCACGGGAGCGCACGAGACCACAGUGGGCCGUUUGCAAAUGUCUGCAGGUGCAUCUUCGUGGCAGGGGAACAAGGAGGUGCAGGAGGACCGCUUCCUCACUGACGUGGAACUUCAAGCUCCAGGUGGUCAGCGGAUCGUGGGCGUCAUUGUCUUCGAUGGCCAUUCAGGGAGUCUCUGCGUUGACAUCAUGAUGGACUGGCUGCCCAGGAACCUCCAGAAGUGUCUCUCGGCGAAGCCGGCACUCACGGAGGAGCAUUUGAAGCAGGCGGUGACGGAGGCGUGUGUUUUGACAGACGACGAGUUUCUGGUGAAGGCUCGUGAGAGGGAGGCCCUGGACGGCACCACCAUGGUGCUGUGCCUGAUUUGGCCAGAUGAAGGCCGGCAGAAGACCAGGAGCAGGCUGCUGGUGGCCAACCUGGGAGACUCCCGCGCAGUUCUCUGCCGGCAGCAGGGCAGCACGCUGGGGGCGCGGAGGUUGUCGGAGGACCACAAGCCCGGGCGGCCGGACGAGCAGCGCCGUAUCGAGAGCUGCGGGGGGGUGGUGGACAUGCAGGGCGUGUGGCGGGUCUUCACGCCGGGCCCCGCCACCUUCGGGGGGCGCAGCCUGCUCUGGGGCCUCGCCGUCUCCCGUGCUUUCGGGGACCUCCUGAUGAAGGAGCCGCAAAGAUACGGCUGCACAGGCGUCACCGGACCUCUGGUGAGCGCCAUGCCCGAGAUCACCCUCAGCGAGCUGAACGUCAACGAGGACAGGUUCUUGGUGCUUGCCUGCGACGGCAUCUGGGAUGUCAUGGAUGACGAGGAGGCCAUCAGCGUUUGCUCCGAGCACAAGACUGCCGACUUGGCGUCCCGCGCGCUGGUCCGGCGGGCCUUUGAGCUGGGCAGCGAUGACAACCUAACUGCGGUGGUGAUCGCCUGGCAGGUUGAGGAGGCGGAUAAUGAGAAGAAGCCCCGGCUCGACUAGUUGCGACAUGGCAAAAGCAAAUUGC